AUGGCGACCAUCCCGGAAGGACGCACUCACAGUGCUUCGCAAACAUACCUCUCCACCCGAGGUGGUGACCAAGGCCUUUCAUUUGAAACUGUUGUACUCAAGGGACUCGCCGCAGACGGCGGUCUUUUCUUGCCCGAGGAAAUUCCAAUUGCGGCAGAUUGGCAAAGUUGGAAAGACUUGUCAUACGCCGAAUUGGCCUUCAAGAUCAUCAGCUUGUACGUGUCGACUGAUGAGAUCCCUGCCGACGACUUGAAAGCCAUCAUCGACCGAAGUUACUCGACCUUCCGUUCAGAUGCUAUCACGCCAUUGGUACAUCUGAAGGAUAACCUCAACCUCCUCGAACUAUUCCACGGCCCGAGUUAUUCCUUCAAGGACUGCGCCCUGCAAUUCCUGGGUAAUCUCUUCGAGUAUUUCCUUGUUCGCAAGAAUGAGGGGAAAGAGGGGAAAGACAGGCAUCAUCUGACGGUCGUCGGCGCAACCAGCGGUGAUACUGGAUCAGCAGCCAUUUAUGGUCUCAGGGGCAAGAAGGAUGUCUCGGUGUUCAUCCUCCACCCUAAGGGCCGCGUUAGUCCUCUGCAAGAAAAGCAGAUGACCACCAUCCUGGAUGAAAACGUCCACAACAUGGCGGUCGAGGGCACCUUUGAUGAUUGCCAAGACAUUGUUAAGGCACUGUUCGCCGACCCCGAGGCCAACAAGGCGCUAAAGCUCGGAGCUGUGAACUCCAUCAACUGGGCUAGAAUUCUGGCCCAGAUCGUCUACUACUUCCACUCUUAUUUCGCGUUGGCGAAAGCCUCGCCCUCAUUCAAUGUCGGCGACAAGGUUAGAGCCGUUGUCCCCACCGGCAACUUUGGCGACGUCCUGGCUGGAUACUUUGCCACUCGCAUGGGCCUCCCCACCGAGAAGCUUGUCAUCGCCACCAACGAGAACGACAUCUUGGAUCGGUUCUGGAAGACCGGCCGAUAUGAGAAGAAGCCCGAGACAGAUGGAGCGGCGGAAACCAACGGCGCGAGCGACGACGGCGCGCGCGAGACGCUCAGCCCUGCCAUGGACAUCCUGGUCUCCAGCAACUUCGAGCGCCUGCUCUGGUUCCUCGCUUACGAAUUCGCCUCCAAGGCUGGCAUGGACGACGAGUGGAGCAGGAAACAGGCCUGCCAAGAGGUCACAGUCUGGCUGUCCGACUUGAAGACCAAAGGUGGUUUCGGCCCCGUCUACCUUGACGUGCUGGAGAGCGCCCGCCGCACCUUCGAGAGCGAGCGAGUCACCGAUACCCAGACCAUCGAAACCAUCAAGAAGUACUACCAGGAUAUCGGCUACGUUCUGGACCCCCACACGGCAGUGGGUGUCACCGCCGCGGAGCGAUCCAUCAGCCGAACCGGACCUGAGCUGCCUCACAUCUCGCUCUCGACCGCUCACCCGGCCAAGUUUGCGUCGGCCGUCACCAUGGCCUUGGAAAAAGAGGCGGGUUUCGAUUUCAACACCGUCCUCCCCGCUGAGUUUGUUGAGCUUGCCGAGAAAGAGACACAUGUGACCGACGUUGAGAACUCAUGGUCCAAGGUGCGAGAAAUUGUCAUUGCGCAAGUUGAGGGCAGUUUGAAGCAGUAG